CUACUCUUUUAACGACGAAACCGAACUCCAUUAAGGAAAUAUGACAAAAACGGUCAACGUCGCCGUGAUGUGACGUCAUUACGCUCCUUCUCUCUCCCUUCCUCUUUUGGUCCUCCGCGCUUCCACUCCCACCACUCUCUCUUCCUCCCCUCGGCUCGGCUGUGUCCAAAAUGGAGGAAGAGCAGCGGGGAUUGCCUGUACGCGUGGAAAACAACGGGAGAAAUGAUUCGGUGCCCUGGCGGCCCACCUUCAGUCUCCCUCUCACCGGUCUGAUCGCUUCCGAGCACCGCGACGACGACGAUGACAGCCACGUCAGCGGAGAAACAAAUUGCGGCUAUUACUACUACUACUACAACUACUACUGGAAGCCCAUUGUGGUGCUGGACCUGGCCUUCCUGGCGGUGGCCGUGGUGGUGCUCCUCUCCACCUUCAAGGAGACGCCGUCCACGCCUCUCAGGGUUUGGCUCUCUGGCUACUCUCUCCACUGCGUUUUCCAUGUCGCCUUUCUCUACCUUCACUCUCUCAACCCCUUUUCUUCUGCUCAUGAUCCUGCCGCUCCACCUCUGGCUCACGCCCGCAUUGUGAAGAGGUUAGAGUCAAUAAAUACGAUCAUAUCCUCCGUCUGGUGGGUGUUGGGAUUCUAUUGGAUUGUUGUGGGUGGCCAAGCACUUCUGCAAGAUUCUCCUCGCCUCUACUGGUUAACAGUGGUUUUUCUAGCCUUUGAUGUAUUCUUUAUCAUCUUUUGCGUUGGAAUGGCGUUUAUCAUUUUCUUUGCUCUCUGCUGCUGCAUCCCAAUUGUAGCAUUUGCCUAUGCUAUGACAAUCAGAGAAGGCGCAUCUGAAGAUGAUAUCAGGUAUCUUCCCAAGUAUAGAUUUCGACAGGCCAAUCCACUGGGUACCUUUGACGAUGAUAGAAUGAAAUUUGAGUGGGGAAGGGUGGAAUCAGCAAAUAGGAACCAUGUCAAUGAACUUUCUCUUCAUCCAGAGGAUUCUGAGUGCUGCAUCUGCCUUUCACGAUAUGUAGAUGGAGUGGAGCUUUGUACCCUUCCCUGCAACCACCAUUUCCAUUGUGCAUGCAUCAGCAGAUGGCUCCGAAUAAAUGCAACCUGCCCUCUCUGUAAAUAUAAUAUCCUCAGGGCCAGGGGUGAUACAUUGGUUUGACCUUUUUCCUUCACCCCAGAUUUGGCGCGAUACUGAGCCUACAAUCCAGAUGGUCAUUUGCUAACCUGCUGACAACUGAUGGUAGAGAAACAUGAAGGGCAGAGAAAGAAAACAGAGGAUAUUUUGCGACACGGCUCCAGAUCCUAAACCCUCUUUUUUUUUUUUUUUUUGAAUAGAUUGCAUUUUCAAGACUGGUGUAGAAUGAUUUGUAUAUUUUGUAGGUGUGGUUAAUUAGGAUAAGAAAUUGGAGAUGGGUCCUUCCCAUGUCCUUUUAUUUGCAGUUAUAAAAAUCACUUGAGUUUCCUGCAAAGCUUUGCCUUUGCAGCCGCUGACAAUGUUGCCAUUAACGAAUGGCACCGCAGCUCGAACGAGCUCUUGAAGAGAACCAAAGAGGCAAAGGGCGGAAAGUCGUGUAAAAAGGACAAGAAAAAUUUAAGGCCUUUUUGCAAGUGUUUUAUGACAAA